AUGAGGGCCGGCACCUUGCCACGGGAUGCCCACAUUAUACAAUGUUUGGACAGCGAUCUCACAAAGCAACGGCUGGCGGACACUGGCUUCGUCGACAUUAAGAAACCCGAUAUCCUCGGGGACGUCCUCGGCCCCGAGUCGGACCCGACCGCGCGGCCGGCCACCAUCUAUGGCUACGAGCUCGCCAACCGGGGCCACUACCGGACGCUCCUCGACGGCGCUUCGGACGCCACCGUCGCGGGUUGCGCGUUCCUGGUACCGUCGGCCGAGGCCGCGCACAGACUAACAUGCUACGAGACCAACGCCUACACCCUGGCGACGUGCACCAUACGCCUUGACGGGGAGCCGAAGGAGCCGCUGCAAGCGAGGAUGUUCAAGUAUGCCGGGGACGCACGUGCACUCAAGGAGGGGCGGUUCGACCGGACGCUGUGGGAAAGGCAGAUGGGCCAGCAAUUGCCGCAGAGGAGCAAGUCGUGACGCGGAGCUGAACGGAAUAAAAAGUCAUAAGAUGGCGGUUCGAUGUAGACAAGUGGAAACAAUGGCCUGUCACGGAUUCGAGGACGACAAUGUCAUUUGGGCACUCUGUUACCUACUGCGGCUUGGCCCAGCAGCUGGUCGAGCAUACCUUAUCUAAACCAUGAUUUUGAA